AUGGUGCGCCAUCGCCACCGCCGGAGCCUCGUCUAUGGAGCUGCAGCUGUGGCUGCCACAUGUGCUGCUGCCCCUGCUGCGGUGAUGACCAUGCACUCGCUCGUGAAUCAAGGUGCACCGUCUCUAGCCGCCCUUACUCUUGGUCUGCUCCUCUACGCUUUCUCGCGCGAGGGCAGCAGCCUUCCGAUUCUGCUGGUCUUCUUUGGUGCGCAGACAGGGAUGAACCUGUACGUGAAGACGGUGCUUUCGCAGCUGGUGUUGGAUGAGGACCGAGGAUUACGAGGUGUACCCAUCGGCUUCCUCAUGACCGCCAUCCAGCAGCUGGUGGCAUUCCUCGCGUUCUGCUGCUUCCUGGCGCUCGGGAGGCUUGUCGGAUCUCCCUACGAGGUCAAAAAGCUGACAAGCAGCCGGGAGCGUGUCGCGGUGCUUUGCUUCAGCGCUGCUUUUGCUCUGAAUAUCGGACUCAACAACUUCAGCCAAACCAUGCUAAGCCUGUCGGUGAAUCUCAUCAUCAGGUCUUGCCUGCCCUUGUCCACAGCAGUCUCCGAGCUGGCUCUGGGUUCGCUGGUCCAGCGGCCAGGACUCACCGGGCUCCAGUGGGCAUUGAUGCUCGCUGGUGUGCUGGGCACCGUGUGCGUCAGCUACGUCAAGAGUGCCGCACAGGAUGUGGACUCUGCGGAAUUCUCGCCUCUGGGUCUCUUCUGCGCGGUGCUGAGCAUUUGCGCUGGGGCACUGAACAUGGUACUCGCCGGUGUUCUGGGGACAGGCAUCAAGCUGAAUCCUUUGGAUAGCACAUUUUACAUGGCCGUGCCGGCGGGGCUGAUAAUGAUCUUGUUUUCUUUCGUUGAGCACCCGGUCCAUUCUUGGCGAGACUUCCCCGCCGUGACUGACUGGGCGAUCGUCCAAGAAGUCGUCUCCCGAUAUCCUUGGGCGAUGCUCCCGGUGGUCAUCUCUGGUGUCUUCGCCUUCGUGUACAACUGCUUGCAGUACACGUUAGUGCAACAGCUGUCCGCAACGCACGCCGCCUUCGCAGGAAGUUUCAACAUGGCCGCGACCAUUGCUUUCUCCCUGUGUCUCGGCUACGAGCAAAUUCCAGAUGGAUGGCACGGGCACCUGUUUCUGCUUGCCAUUGCUGGCAACAUUGGAGCAUUCACUGCCUUCAACGUGCUCAGGAAUAGUGGUAAAUGA